UGAGAUUCUGCAACGUCACUGUAACACUCACCGCGAAUAAAUGUUCCAAAGCGGCAAAUGCUCUCAAUUAGCCACCCACAGUAGCUACCGCACAGAGCAUGAGCAUUCCAAAUAUGGGGAAGCAAUUUGGUCUGAGAUUACAAAGCCAGAUACCAAGUUGGGUCGGUCUUCGUCCUUCAAUACCCUUACCUGCGACAACCGCCAUUUCAGUCUGUCCUUCUGCUCGUCGGACAUCACCACCACUAGUUAUUCGUAGAAGAAGAGGCCGCUGCUUUGGGUUCAAGACUAGUCGUAGGGCGGUGGUGUUCGGAACAGGUGUCUUCAUGUCUGCCAAUUUCGGAGGGAAAUCUUUCUUGGCCGCUUCUUCUUCACACAAAAAGGGUGCAAUUCAGGAGGUGCUGAAGAAUGUCAGUUGGCCUGAACAGUUCCCUUUCAAGGAAGAUGAUUUCCAGCGGUUUGAUGAGUCAAAGGAUUCGUUGUUCUAUGAAAUGCCUCGUUUGGUGACACAUAUUGAUGAUCCUGCCAUUGCUGCACUUACUAGAUAUUACUCCCAGGCUUUACCUCAUACUAAUUCCCCAGGAGUAGCAAUCUUGGAUAUGUGUAGCAGUUGGGUCAGUCACUACCCUGCAGGAUAUAAGCAAACAAGCAUUAUUGGAUUGGGCAUGAAUGCAGAAGAGCUAAGGCGAAAUCCAGUGCUAACAGAUUAUGUGGUGCAAGAUUUGAACAUCAAUCCCAAACUCCCAUUUGAAGACAACACUUUUGAUGCCAUUACCAACAUGGUUAGUGUUGAUUAUCUAACAAAGCCUAUUGUUGUUUUCAAAGAGAUGUCUCGCGUUCUUAAACCUGGGGGAGUUGCGAUUAUAAGUUUCUCAAAUCGAUGCUUUUGGACCAAGGCAAUAUCAAUAUGGACAUCAACAGGAGAUGAUGAUCAUGUAAUGAUAGUAGGCUCGUACUUUCAUUAUGCCGGAGGGUUUGAGCCCCCUGAGGCUGUGGAUAUUUCUCCAAACCCCGGGCGCUCAGACCCUAUGUAUGUCGUUUAUUCAAGAAAGCAAACAACCCAAAAAGGUGGACAGUAGAUAUUCUCCUCGCGUGGGGAUGGGAUUUUCUGUGAAGACUAUAUCUGAAGCUCUAUAUAACUAGCUAGCUAGCUAAUUUCAUCAAGAGAAAUAGAAUUUUCUGGCCUAGCUAGUAGCUAUAGCACUGGCCUCUUCAUACUUCUCAAAGAAUGCAUUAAUGAUCAGGCACUCGUCAAUGCUAUAUUUGAUGACUCAAAGCUAGCUAGCAGGUCUUCUUAUGCUAAGUCAGCCUUAGGAUGAGUCAACCUAGGCCAGAUUUUCUUAAUGGCAUUGCCGCCAUAUCCUUUGCAGUGCACCAGAUUAUUUCCUUGUAUGCAUUUGUAAUGGUUACAGCCUCUUCAUACUUCGCUUUCUCUCAAAUAAAUACCAGUAAGACAUUUGCUCCCUUUCUAGAUUUUCUCUGUAGUUCAUAUUGUCGAUCCAAGAGACUCUCGUUUGGGAGGCCUUUAUGGGUGGAUACUUCAUACUUGAUGGCUAAGAUGUUUUUGUGCAAUGAAUUUGUUAAUAUUUGUAACUAAUAAUAAAA